ACACAUUACUUUACAGUGGUAAGCUCCCAGCUCCCUGUAAUAUGCUGCAUAAAAUACCUGCGCAAAUUCCGGUAUAUAAUCAUUCGCCCCCGAGGCUUUUCUGAAAGGACGGGCGGUAUCGUGCUUGGGAAAGUGGAUCUUCGAAAGCCCUCUACCAGACCUCUCGAAGGACAAGACGCUCUAUACUUGAACCGCACAAAGUGUACUGCUAGGAGAGGCACCGCUGAUAUCUUGCAAGCAGGUGCGAGUAUUCGAAUAUGAUGAAUUAAGUGUCCUGGAGUGAAUCGGUCGAGGUAAGGGGAGAAGGAUGCGGCUCAAAUUCUGGGCUUUGGUUGUGGCAUGACGGGGUGACGUUGAGCUGUGACGCGGCUCAAAAAGAGCCCCACCAAGGCAAAACCGACAGCUACCCCUCCACGUCCGAGUUAUGGUACCCUUCCAACAAUUCAUACAGCAAACAACUUCGACAAGAUGGACAUGCCAGUGAACGUCCCGAUAGACGACCCUAAUGCCGACACGGAAUGGUGAAUUCUAUCUCCCUCUGCUUGGGGAAGCCUGCCCUGCUAAAUACAUCACAGGAACGAUAUCCUCCGGAAGCACGGCGUUAUCCCGGAAAAGCCACCGUCCCCGACACCCAUGAUCGAGGAGGCGAUAUUACACGCACAAGAGCUGGCGCGCGAAAAUCGACUGGAGGGGAAAGACCUAGACGAGUUGGAUGAACUGGAAGACGAGGAGGAUGAGGAGUUUUUGGCCAUUUACAAGUGCGUUGCGUACAGCACAAUCCUUCCUACCUAACCUUUCUCCCUUAUCCAAACAUGCACACGCGUCCCGUCGACGAUGAUGCUUAUGGCAGCGGUGGGUCAGGCAAAAACGGCUCGCUGAGCUUUCCACGCUAUCUCAGAAAUCGGUGCACGGCCGGGUAUAUCACUUGCAGAAGCCAGACUAUUCUCGUGACGUGACGGAGGCUUCGAAGGAAUACGCCGUGCUUGUGAAUAUGACGAGCUCGAACCCGGAGUCACGACUACUGUCGGCGCUCUGGCGCCAAGCGGCGGAGAAGUUUGCCGAUGUCAAGUUUUGCGAGAUCGCAGCUGGUAUGUGCAUUGAGGGGUAUCCCGAUGCGAAUUGUCCUACGAUAUUGGUAUACAGGAAUGAGGAUAUUGCGGAGCAGGUUGUGAGACUGGGGAGGUUGAGGGGGAUGGAUACUCGGUUGAAAGGUCUGUACCCGCCCUAUUCUUCUGUCUACGGCUACGUUUUUUUGUGUAUUAACUUCGAGCAACAUGCAUGCUCUGCAGAUAUCGAGAGGCUGCUGGUACAGGUAGAUGCGGUCAAAAGCACCGACCGACGACUGGGGAGUACGGAUGAAGAUGAUGAAGAUGAAGGUGGAUCUCGGAUCAAGACUGGCAGCAGUGGCAAAGCCAAGGCUGAAGAUGACGAGGACGAUUGGGAUUAG